CAAAAGGUUAUUUUAUGUCAUAACUGAAUCAUUUAUUGACAAAAAUAUAUAUAUUUUUGAUGAAGUGCUUUAAACAUGUUUUACUAUAUUUUAUGAUAAUAUGAGGCCUAGACGAUUUCAUCAAUAUGUUGAAAAAGUGGACAUUAAUGUAGCGUGGAGAGUAAUGCAUGUUUUUUGUUUCAUUGGAAUUGCUAUCAGUUCAAUGGAAGGAGCGUUUGCUUUCUGCGAAAUUUACGAUAUUUUUAAUUAUCGAUGCAUUUUGUACGCUAAAGUUUCAACAAAAUUAACUGGUAUUGAAUUUAAGAAUAAAACUGACAUAUCCCCUUCAUCUCCAUCAAUCACAGAAAAUAAAGUAGAUAUGUUGGUGGACUCCGAAGAAGUUAAAGAUAGCAUGAAGUCAGCAAACAAUCCGAAAAUGCAUAACUUAAAUUUAAAAUUAAAUUUGGGAAUCUUCGAAAGUGAUUACUAUAUAGAAGUUGGUACAAACACUCGAAAACUUAAUUUUGAACAAGCAAAACCAGUGCCUGGAGUACCUCACAUUUACAUAUAUGAUGAUGAAUUAUGGUUAAGCAACGAAACAAUGACUGCAAGGGCACAUGUAGGAAUGACAUCAACUGUUUUUGCUACUGUUAUGAUGUGUAAUUUUGUCAUUUUGGUACCGUUUAUAGGAUUUGUUGUUGCUGCAGUUUUCACAUUUAUUGUACUCCUAUUUAGAAGAACGCACAGAGGGUUAAUAGAUUCAGUUCCUGCAGAUUGGUUAUAUGUUUAUCCAUUAGCAAUUGUAACAAGUACCAUGACUAUUUUAGCUGUAGUGGCUUUAAACUUGGUGUACAAUGGUUUAAAUGCAUUUUGCGCUCAUUUUGUGCAUUUCACUGGACAAAAUCGCUGCUCUCCUUUACUGGAUUAUUUUACAAAGGAACAAAAACUAGGGCGCCGCGAUCUGUACAGAAGCAUGAAACUUAGCCAGAAUUGUUUUUUCAUAUCUACAAUGUUUUGGAUUGCCCAACUAGUUGUUAUCCUAAUGAGAAUUUUUUGUUCUGUGGAUUUUUAUUUAAUCAAAGUCUUAAUAAGAAAAAAAUCCCGUUUCGAUGAUGAAGAUUACGACGACGAAGAUUAUUUCGACGUAGGAGAGUAUGAAUUUGCGGCUAAUUCUCAAAUGAAAUUAAUCGAUUUAGUAAGAGAAUUAAAGGCACAAAAGCAAGACAAAAAUAAGGCUAGAAUAAUUCCUGAUAUUACAAUAGCUAAAUAUCAGUAAACUUUAUAGAUACAUCAAAAACAGUAAUUAUAAUGUACCUCGUUGAAAUAUUUUACUUGUAAGACAUAUUAAAAACUAUAAUAAAUAUUUUUUUAUUUUUAA